AUGGAAUCAGUCCUUUUGAUGAUUUUGCUGAUUGUGAUUAUAUUCAUACGAUUCGUUUUAUGGUCCUGCCUUAGUGCUUAUAUAGAUUACAAACUGUCCCAAAGGUUUCCUGACAAGAGAAAAGAGGACUAA